AUGGCAGAAAUUCGAGACCUUCCACGAACUAAUUUUAGACGUUUAUCAUUUGAUCACUGCAGUUUGUCUCUGCAGCCAUUUGAAUACCCAGUUUGCACACCAGAUGGGACAGUCUUUGACAUACUGAGCAUUGUUCCUUGGAUAAAGAAAUACGGAACCAAUCCAAUCACAGGAGAAAAACUAGAUGCCAAAUCACUUAUAAAGCUGAAUUUUGCUAAAAACAGUGAAGGUAAAUACCACUGUCCAGUGCUGUUUACUGUGUUCACCAAUAACUCCCAUAUUGUGGCCAUCAAGACAACUGGAAAUGUGUUUGCCUAUGAGGCAGUUGAGCAGCUGAACAUAAAACCAAAGAGCUACAAGGAUCUUUUGACAGAUGAGCCCUUCUCUCGGCAAGACAUUGUGACACUGCAGGAUCCAACAAACCUGGAUAAGUUCAAUGUCUCGAACUUCUUUCAUGUUAAGAACAACAUAAAAGUAAUUGAUCCAGAUGAAGAAAAAGCAAAAUUAGAUCCAUCUUACUAUUUGAAAAAUACAAAUACAGAGACCCGAGAGACUUUACUGGAGCUUUAUAAGGAAUUCAAAGGCGAUGAUAUUCUAGCAGCUACUAUGAAGGCUCCUGAAAAGAAGAAAGUGGAUAAGCUGAAUGCAGCUCACUAUUCCACUGGAGCAGUAAGUGCUUCCUUCACCUCCACUGCAAUGGUGCCUGAAACUACCCACGAAGCAGCUGCUAUUGAAGAAGAUGUUGUGAGAUACAAAUACGUGAAGAAGAAGGGCUACGUGCGACUUCACACUAAUAAAGGAGACCUAAACUUGGAGCUGCACUGUGAUAUGACACCCCGAACAUGUGAAAACUUUAUCAAAUUGUGCAAGAAGAACUAUUAUGAUGGAACAAUUUUUCACAGAUCAAUUCGUAAUUUUGUGAUCCAAGGAGGUGAUCCGACUGGAACAGGAACAGGAGGAGAAUCUUACUGGGGAAAACCUUUCAAAGAUGAAUUUAAGCCAAAUUUGUCCCACACGGGACGUGGUGUUCUUAGUAUGGCCAAUUCGGGACCCAACACAAACAAAUCACAGUUCUUCAUCACAUUCCGCUCUUGUGCAUAUCUGGACAAGAAGCAUACAGUUUUUGGAAGGGUGGUUGGUGGCUUUGAGACUCUGACUGCUAUGGAGAAUGUGGAAAGUGACCCAAAAACAGACCGUCCCAAGGAGGAAAUACAAAUUCAGACAACAACCGUUUUUGUUGAUCCGUAUGAAGAGGCAGAUGCCCAGGUUGCUGCAGAAAGAGAGAAGGUCCAGCUAGAAGAAGAAGCAGCCAAAACAAAAGCUGAGGUGGUCCCACCAAAGAAAGAGGUCCAGACUCCUAAAAUGUACCGGCAGGGGAUUGGAAAAUACAUUAACAUGGCUGCAGCGAAGCGCAGCGUGGAAGAUGAUGGGCCCUCAACCAGCACAGCUGCAAAGAAAGAGAAAAAGAGCACAGGCUUUGGGGACUUCAGCUCCUGGUAGCAGCGCGGGGAGCCUAGCACUGGAGCAGCACAGCAAAAAAAAGGCGGCCUCCCACAUGUCCCCGAAGAGCCCAAAAGACAGUCUGUCCUGGGGAGGGAAGGCACCAGCCUGCCCUUCCACUGGGGAAGAAAACUGUUGCUUUGUUAAGGCUGGUUAAUGUGGCUUUGUUUUCUAGAGAGCUGCGUUCCCCCCACUGCAUCUUCCUCGAAGGCCUUUUUGUUGUUGUUUUGCUAAGCGGGGAGCAGGCAGCCCAGCUCCGCUGGGGAUUAGCUGGAGCCUUUCUCUGCUUGGCUGGCAGCAGACCAGGCAGAGCCCAGCCUUGCAGGAUGCUACUUCAGUGAACAGCUACAUUGGUGAAAGGGCUCCUUUUACAGGUAAUCGUUUCCAGACGAGCCAAGUCUGGCAAAUGAAGGAAUGAAUUAACAUGCUGGGGAAGCGCCUGUGCUGUUGUAGUGCUUUGCGGAGGGGAGGAGAGGGCUCCAGCCUGUCCUGCCCUUCCCUCCCAGCUGCCUUUUGCUAGUUCUCAACAAGGACCAAUUCUGUCUCUUGCUCUUUGUGGGCCUGCCUCCUGGCUGGACUGACUGCUGUCAGUCUCCGUAGGGCCUCGCUCACUCCAAAAUGAGCUCCCUCUGUACCCAUUUAAGUCUCUGACAGCCUGGGAAGCAGCGGCUCUAGAUGGGGAGCCUGGGGUAGCUGCACCACUUGUUCCUCUCAGUGGCUGGCCUUCCCUAAGCCACUGGGCAGCCAGAGGGGCCAGGAUGCACCAGUUCAAACCUGCCCUCGGGUCCCAGAAACUACAGCCUGGAGCAACUGAGCAGGAAUAGAAACAACUUUACUUUUUUUUUUUUUCCAACCAUCCCUAAAGCCUGCUCCUUGCAGGGGAACACAUACUGUAGUCUGCCCCGACAUCAGUCUUCCCAUCAUUAGGGAGAACCAUAUAAUAUAGCUGACGGGCAUCUCAAAUAUUUCUGUUGCAUACCCACAAAUUAUUAGAAAGCUUAAUAAAGGCCUUAUGGGGUAAAGAUAUAUCAGCCUGUGAAGUUUUAAUGUUUUAAUCCAAAAACGUAUGUGUGUUACCAUCACUUAGACACAGCAGGCUAGAUCCUGAACGUUACUUUUCAGUUCAUCUUAGGUGUUUUCAGAUGACAGAAAUACCCUCCCUACCUCUCUGCGUGGCUGAGGAGAUAGUUUUGUAAUCAGCUUUGUAACAAUACAUUUAUAUUGGUGGUUUCAUGUUUUAAGAGAAGAUUCCAUUUAUAUGAAAUUGCUGUAAAAACUUUUGGUAAAAUGUUUUGCAUUAAAUGCUUUUAUUUUCUUUUGAGUGCUUGCCUUUGACUGUUCAACUGUCAUUUCCAAGAUCAUGGCAUUGCAAAGUUGAUUGUCAUACAAGGAAAUGAUUCAUUCCUACUUUUUAAGAUGCUCAUAAGGAACUCUGGGAUCUUUGCGGAUAUGAUUACAUCUUUGUUAAAUCAUAGGAAGUUCAAACUAGUCUGAAGGAAUAAUAGGGGGUUUUUAUUUUGCAACAUUUUGCAGUGUAUAAGUUUGAAAUAACGUGUUUGAUUCCUGGAACAGGGGAUAUGAUGGUACUUUCCUCAAGCUGAGUUUCUUGUGUCUUAUUGAAACUUCUUGCUUCUCCUGGGCUGUUUUUUUC